UUCAUCAUCAUGUGAUGAUAAAAAAUGAAAAUGGCGUCUUUACUCGGACGCGUCUUCUCCUUAUUUUUUGAAUACGAUACUCCAAGAAUAGUUCACAUACGAAGCAAGAAAGUUGGCGUCAUAAAUCGAUUAUUACAGCUUUGUAUAGUUGGAUACGUGAUUGGCUACGCAAUAAUCUAUCAGAAAGGGUACCAGGAUUUUGACAAUGUCCAAGGGGCCAUUACCACAAAGUUGAAAGGUGUUGCACAAACUUUCAACCUGUCAGGGGAUGGGAAAAACAGAACAUGGGAUGUGAACGACUAUGUUGUCCCUCCACAGGAAAACAAUGCUUUUUUUGUUACGACCAAUGUGAUAGUUACACCACGUCAACAGAUGGGCCUUUGUGAAGAGGAUAUAAAUGUUGUCGGAGCUAACUGCACAGAUGAUCCAUCUAUUUGUGUUAAAGAUCAACCUCUGAUGACAGGAGACGGUUAUAUGACUGGAGAGUGUAUUAACUCAUCAAGAUAUCCUGGAUUCAAAGUCUGCCAAGUUCAAGCCUGGUGUCCAACUGAAAAUGGCAAUUUGUCAGCUCCAAGACCUCCGGUUAUUGGUGUUGCGGAAAACUUUACUGUACUCAUCAAAAACAACAUUGAAUUUCCAAAGUUUGGUAUUAAAAGAAAAAAUAUUAUAGGAUUCAUUGACAGCUCAGAGCUAAAAACUUGUCGCUUUAUCCGCAACGAUCCAAAGUACAAAUUUUGCCCAAUAUUCUAUCUCCAUGAUAUUGUGGAAUAUGCAGACACUACUUUUUCUGAUAUUGCAGUCAAGGGUGGUGUAAUACAAAUCCUCAUUACUUGGGAUUGUAACCUUGAUCAUGCGGUGGAUACAUGCAUUCCUGUGUACAGUUUCCGCCGCCUUGAUACCAAUGACACUGCCUCCCCUGGCUACAACUUCAGAUUUGCACGAUAUUUCUUGGACAAUGGAACGGAAAUUCGAACACUGUUCAAGGCCUAUGGAAUAAAGUUUAUUUUGACCCUGCAGGGUCAGGCAGGAAAGUUCAAUUUGAAGCCACUGAUAAUCAACAUCGGGAGCGGUCUGGCAAUAUUGGGAAUUGCCACUGUGAUCUGUGAUAUAUUCGUGCUGUAUGUCCUUAAAGGAAAGGCUCUUUAUAAAGAGAAGAAAUAUCUAGAGGUUGUUGGUGAGGAUGCGUAUCAGAGAGGUGAAACUGCGAGAUUGUUGCCAGGUGAACACAUAAAUGGUAGACGUGAAUCACUGGACAUUCCUGGACUUAAUAUGAAAAGUGGAGACUAAAUGGGCGAUUCUCUCAAGCAGUUAGCAACAGUUGUGUGGUCUAAGUUGAAACAUAUGAUACAUUUUUAGAUUGAAGUGUAUUGUGUGAUGUUGUUAUCCAUUACUCAUCAAUGAAAGUACUUCAUGAUUUAUUUUUUAUUGCCCUGUGCAAAACCAUCUAUAUUUGAAAUCCGUUGUACAUAAAAUAACCUUUGAAUUUCUUCCUUUUUUGUGGUAUUCAUGAAUAUGUAUUAAAUUGGUCAGCAUUCUUUAAUAAUGUUUUCAGCGUAGACUCAUAACAUUUAUGUGUUUUUUUUAGUAAGAACUGUAAUUUUUAGUUUGUGUGCAUCCAUCUUUUGUUUUGUUGCUCAACUUGGUAGAAUUGGGGUAGUCUCUAGAAUUAAUAUUAUAUAAAUCGAUAAACAUAUAUAUACUAUACGUUAUGUUUGGAAUGCAGUAAUUAAGUAUUUCAAACCAUUCUGAAAAAUCGGUAGAAAUGCUGUAGAAAUACAAAUAUGUGUAUAUAUAUAUAUAUUAUUAUAUUAAUAUAUAAAUUUUAACAUAUAUUUGAACAAGGGUGAUGAAAUUUGUUGAACAAAGCAACACUGCCUUAUUGAAUUAAAAAAAAUAUUUCUGAAGUAUAAUUACAUGCCUUCGAUAUAUUGUUGUAACUGAAAACACCAUUGUUUUUAUUUUUCAAGGAAUGUAGCACAAUCAACCAUUCUUCUCUGUGUUUGAUGUUCAUUUAUUCUAAUCUGUAAUUUUGCAACAAAUAUUUUUCUGUUUUUAAUCCACCUUUCUAAUGCCAAAGACUCGCAAUUUUCUAAACAUUUUUUUCUUCUCUAAGGUUCUGGGUUGUUGUAUUGGUGUAAAAAGCAUUGCUUUUGUGUGUGUGAUGUUUUAUAAAUGUUUGAUAAAGUAUGGGAAAUCAAUUUGUAAUAUGGCUUAUAGCUAUAAUGAAGUGGUAAGUGCAUUUCUGUGUUGUUUUUUGAUGUUAGUGUACAUGACAAUUUGGAUUGAUAUAUUAUAUAUUAGCCUGCAUGAACAAUUAAUGGGGUUGAUGUUUUGGUGUAAACCUUCAUGAUAAUUGGGAUGAAGUAUUGGAGUCGACCUUCAGGAGAGCUUGUUUCUUGAUUUGGGGAAAGGGCCUGGUCUUCCAUUUUGGAGAAAAAUUAUCAACAGAACAGAAAAAGUGGGAAGAUAUUUCCCAAAGAAAGCUUGCAAUAAGGUGAAAAUUGCUUCAUUUGCAAGAAAUUCUCGUUUGGGUCGGGGCCUUUAUCUUUUCCUACAGGAAAAUUGGGUUCAAAUAUUGUUGUUGACCAACAUGAAAACUAGGGGCAUGUACACCUACAUAAACCUACAUGAAAAUUGAGGUCUUAUCUCUUUCCCACUCAGAAGCAAAGUGAAAAUGGCUAUGUGCUAAACCAGAACUGCCUGCAAUUUACUCGCACUCUGUUCAGGUGUUAUGCUGUUUGCUGCUUAUCAGUAUCUAAGGGUUGUAAAUGAGGCUUUUAAAACUUAAUUCUAGUCAGAAAAGUCUUUUAUUUAAUGUAACUUUCUAAGGGACUACACAUGCGUCAAAAUACGUAUCUAAGUGGUAAAGGGUUAUAUUGGUGUUCAACUGCAUGAAAAAAUGGGUUCAUGUAUCGGUGUUAAUCCACGGGAAAAUAGUUUUGUAUGUGAAUGUGUAUGAAUAUAUUAGAAGUACUACACUAAGAAAUAUGGUUGUUAAUGAAUAUAACAAAUAUCAAAGCCCCAUAAACACUCAAAAUAAACUAAUAUUUCAUAAAAUAUAGUUAAUUCAUAAAAAAAUCUUUGUUCUUUUUAGCAAUAGCCAAAAAAAUUAAGUUAGAUGUGUAGAUGCUAACAUAGAUUUAGCGAGAUAUAAAAUGCUCAUUUUUUUUUUUGUGUGACAAUAUAUUUAAUGCCAAUUUCCCACAUCGAUAUCCAAACAUUUAAAAGGAAACACACGACGUGUUUCUCGUGAGCUGCUUGUAGCAAAAAUAUCAUAGCAGGAAAUUCACAUGAAAAAUAUUGUCACACAAAAAAUAAAAUCAAGCAAAUUGUAUCUCAUUAAGUAUAUGUUAUUAGACCACAAUCAUCUAGGGUUAAAAAUUUUGCUAUUGCUAUAAGGACCAUUUACCAGUAGGUGUAAACUUUUUUUCCGAAAUAUGUUACGAAAAAUUAGUAGAUUUUGAGUGUUGAAGGGGCUUUAAAACAAUUGUUAAAAAAAUGUUUAGAAAAACAUGUUUUUUUAGGUUCAGGAUACAUGUAUCGGUGGUUAUUUAUAUUCAAAGCUUUUUUAAUUUAUUUAUUUGUAGUUACUUGUGAUAUUAAUUUAUGUAAUAAUUUUUAUGCUGCUAAAUAAGGUUGCCUAUCAAAUUGACUUUCCAUUUAAUCAUAUCAGAAUGAUUAAAAUUAUUCUUGUUUAAUUUUUGCCCUUUAAAGUUAGUUCCCACUUAGUUCAUAUUGUUAACUUCUGUUACUAUUUAGUAUUAAUCACACUUGAGCAUUGACAGUUUGAAUUAUAUAUUAACAAUUAACUCUAGUAUGUUUUGUUUUCCUUUUUGUUUUCUUUGUUUUUAAAUCUCGAUAAUGUUACAAGGAGGCAAAACUUAACUUUCUUUAAAACGGUUUGUGAUCAAUAUCUUAUAUUUAAAUACUGUCAAUGUUGCUGGUUUUUGAAAUAUCAAACAUUUCUGGCAAACCAUAGACAUGUAAUAUUUAUGUGAACUUUUAAAAUUGUUCCUGUGACAUUCUAUACACAUGGAUCAUCAUUAACUUUGUAUGGUGACCGAUUCAUAGUUAAAUAGGCUGAUAAGGAUGUUGGUGGGAUAUUUACUGCAAUAUUGUUUAUUUUUGUAUUCUUUGGUUUGUAUUAUUUCUUUAGAAUUUGUU